AUGUGGGGUUACUUUUUUGGAGGGAACUCUCAGCAGAAGAAAGACUUGCCCAAGAAGGCUAUAGUUGAACUACGUGAACAUAUAUCGACAUUAAAUAAAAAGAAAAAUCAUUUACAACAACAAAUGGAUGAUCAAGACCAAGUAGCUAGAAAAUAUGUCGCAUCAAAACAAACUAAUUUAGCUAAAAAUGCAUUGAAAAGAAAGAAAGGUUAUGAAGCAAAUUUAAUGAAAGUUGAAAAUCAAAUAGAAACUUUAGAAACUCAAUUAGUUUCAAUAGAAGGUGCUAAUUUGAAUUUAGAAACCAUGAAAGCUAUGAAACAAGGAGCUACUGCAAUGAAACAAAUCCAUGGAGAAUAUGAUGUUGAUAAAGUUGAAGAUACAAUGGAUGAAAUUAGAGAACAAGUUGAAUUAGCAGAUGAAAUAUCUGAAGCCAUAUCAAGACCAGUAGGUAAUGAAUUUAUAGAUGAAGAUGAAUUAGACGAAGAAUUAGCAGAAUUAGAAAAUGAAAAUAAAGAACAACAAAAACAACAAGUCAAACAACCUCAAAGACAAUCAACUUACAAAGAAUCUCAAGAAGAAUUACCUUCGUUCCCAACUGUAAAUAAAAAUCAACCAAUAUCACAAGAUGAUGAAGAUGAAGAAGCUCUAAAAGCAUUACAGGCAGAAAUGGGAUUAUGA